GUUACUUUUCCGUGGCGUGACCUCUCUCGCUCACUGUUCUGUCACUGCAGGGGUGGCCCUGCCAGGAGAGGAGCACCCUCAAAGGUGAGGUCGCCUAAGCUACUGGAGGUCCUGAGCGCUCUGGAGGAGGAUGGGUUUAGCAGCAACAGGGAGGAGAUUGUCAUUGCACCCCCACCCCCCACCCCCGACAAUGCCUCCGGGGACGUCACUGAUGAGGAUUCUGGGGAAGAAGACAGUGGCCAGCAUGGUGCCCAGCGACCAGGCUGGGUGCUGUGUGCUUCAGUUGUGUCUGAGGACUCCGACCUUCAGGAGGAGGGGGGCUAUGACAAGCCAGAGCUGCAAGCAGCCAAGAAAAGGCGGAAGGCAGCAGUGGAGCCCCAGCGUGUUUGGACCAAGAGAGACAUCCGGCCAGACUUCGGUAGCUGCACAGCCUCAGACCCUCAUAUAGAGGACCUCAAAACCAAGGAGCUGAGUCCUGUGGGCCUCUUUGAGCUGUUUUUUUGAUGACGGGACAGUUUCAUUGUUGAUGAAACCAACCGUUAUGCUGGGCAGAAAAAUAUCACCCUGGAUCUCACAGCCCAGGAACUGAAGUGUGUUUUGGGCAUCUUGAUUUUAAGUGGGUACGUCUCCUAUCCAAGGAGACAGAUGUUUUAGGAGACAGCUCCUGACUCGCAUCAUCACCUUGUGGAUGAUGUUAUUAGAAGAGACAGAUUUGAGCUGAUCUUCUCCUGCAUUUUGCAGAUAACAGCGAACUCGAUGAAAACGAUAGGUUUGCCAAGGUCAGGCCUCUCAUCGUCCGUAUGAACUGUAGCUUCCAGAAGCAUGCUCCCCUGGAAGAGUUCUACAGCUUUGGUGAAUCCGUCUGUGAAUACUUUGGGCGCCGGGGGUCCAAGCAACUGCACUCAGGGAAGCCGGUCUGGCUAGGCUACAAGAUCUGGUGUGGAACGAUCAGCAGAGGCUACCUGGCGUGGUUUGGGCCUUCACAGGGCACACUAUUCACCAAGCCAGACCGGGGCUUGGAUAUAGGAGGCAGUAUGGUGGUCAGAUUUGUGGACGCCCUUCAGGAGCUUGGCUCUCCGCCAUACCACAUAUUCUUUGACAAGGUCUUUACAAGCAUCAACCCGAUGCCCAUUUUGAGGGGGAAAGGGGUAAAGGCCAUAGGAACUGUUUGUGAGUACAGAACCAAGCGUUGCCCCCUCAAGGAUCCCAAAGAACGGGGGAAUAAGAGAAAGGGCUCGUUUGACUCCAAGGUGGAUGAGAGCGAGGAGACCAUUGUGUGCCGCUGGCGCAUCAGCCGCGUGUGGCGCAUCAGCCGCGUGGUGAACAUCUGCUCCAAUGCGGUGGGCACAGAGCCAGCGAGGCAGACCAGCCGCCACCCCGGAGCAGCCAAAGCUGGGGCACAGGUCCACCAGCCAUCCCUGGGGAAGCUCUAUCAGAAGGCCAGAGGGGUUGACCAGAUGGACCAGAACAUCGCCAAGGACAAGGUGCAGAUCCGCGGCAUGAAGUGGGACUUCACCAGCUGCAUCAUCGACGCGGCCCUCAACAAUGCGUGGCAGCUGCACCGGGUGUGCUGCCAGGACGCACAGGUGGACCUCCUCGCCUUCCACAGGUCCGUGGCCUGCCCGGUGUAUCUGGGGAGCAAUGCGGACGCUUCCUCCCUGGGGAGACGGAGUCAGCGGGUGGAAACUGAGAGCCGCUUCAAUAUGAUUGGGCGCUGGAUUGUCCAUCAGGACAAGAGGACCCGGUGUGCCCUCUGCUACUCACAGACCAACACCGGCUGUAAGAAGUGCCAGAAGGGUGUCCAUGCCAAGUGCUUCCGGGAGUACCACAUGAGACCCGAGAGCUGCUUCUUCCAGCUAGGACGUCACUGGGACCAUCUGCAGGUUUUAUUUGUGGCGCUUUUGACGCCGAUCACUGAUGACUUAAUUUUGUAGUUUCUCCCAGGCCCCGUCACAGUCCUCUUUUUUAUGUGUUCUAUUAUGUUCUAUUAUGCCUACAUGUCAUGUAAAUUAGU